GAACGCUGAUGAUCUAAGAACUACUGAAACUGCCACUUGGUUCAUUCUGUGAUCCUGCCUUCCUGCCCUGCUGCACCCUGGUGACACUGUCCAUUCUUUUCCAUUUGAGAACACUUUUCUUCUUAUGUGGAGCUGAGAGCUGGGAAUGCGUUAUUAUGGCAGCAGUUGUACAGCAGAAUGAGCUUGUGUUUGAAUUUGCCAGCAACGUCAUGGAGGAUGAGCAGCAGCUUGGUGAUCCGUCCAUCUUCCCUGCUGUCAUCGUGGAACAUGUCCCUAGUGGAGAUCUCCUAAACAACUAUUCUGGUUUAACCUGUGUGGAUGAGCCCAGUGACAUGAUCACUGAGAAUUCCCUAGAUGUUGCAGAGGAACAAAUCAUUGAAGAUGAUGAUAUCCCCCUCACAGUUGAAACAUCGUGUCAUAAUGGAGAUGAAACUAUGGAAACAAUUGAGGCUGCUGAAGCACUUCUCAAUAUGGACUCCCCUGGUCCUAUGUUGGAUGAAAAAAGAAUAACAACUAUGUUUGGCUCAACUGAAGAUGAAGAUAUAGUGGCUCCUAUUACACAUGUAUCAGUCAGUCUUGAUGGGAUCCCCGAGGUCGUGGAAGUUCACCAAGCCCCAGACCCUUAUGCUGAGUCACCAGAGACUCCGGAAUUUGAACAACCAAAGAAGAAAAAGGGGAAGAAGCCAAAACCCUCUCGUCCUGAGUCCCCUGCAACAACUCCAAACAUAUCUGUGAAAAAGAAAAACAAAGAUGGAAAGGGAAACACAAUUUAUCUCUGGGAGUUUUUACUAGCACUGCUUCAGGACAAAGCUACAUGUCCUAAGUAUAUCAAAUGGACGCAAAGAGAGAAGGGCAUUUUCAAACUGGUAGAUUCUAAGGCCGUGUCCAGACUAUGGGGAAAACACAAAAACAAACCUGACAUGAAUUAUGAAACAAUGGGUAGAGCUCUCAGAUAUUAUUACCAAAGAGGAAUACUGGCUAAAGUAGAAGGUCAGCGCCUAGUGUAUCAGUUUAAGGAAAUGCCAAAAGAUCUCGUCUACAUAGAUGAUGAAGAUGCAAGUCCUAGCACUGAAACAUCAGAUUCAAGUUUGCUCUCAACUCCUGCGGCCAGUAGAAACCAGUCGAGCAGAUCUAGAGCGUCUGCAAACACAGGAACAAAGGGAGGAUCCACCACAGUUCUAAAAACAGGAAAUUCAAAGCCUGCUAAGCUUAAGGAGCACGUAGAAGUUGUACAGCAGCAGACACCUGGCUUGACUUCAGAAGUUUUGAGGACAAUGCAGUCUACACAGCCAGUACAUCCCACUCAGCUUUUUCGGACAGUUCACGUAAUGCAGCCAUUGCAUACCCUCACAGAAGGACACGCAGCUGUAACCAGUAACGUUCCAGAUGAAACAUUAAGUCCCUCAGUUCAGAAUAUAAGGACUUUACAGACUCCAACCCAAGUUCCAGUGGUUGUUUCUCCUGGAAAUCAGCAGCUGCAUACUGUAACACUCCAGACGGUGCCUCUUACUACAGUGAUAGCCAGCACAGAUCCAGCCUCAGCAGCAACGCCCCAAAAAUUUAUUUUACAAGCCAUUCCUACUUCACAGCCCAUGACAGUUCUUAAAGAAAAUGUCAUGCUACAGUCUCAGAAGCCAGUUUCACCUCCUUCCUCCAUUGUGCUGAGCCCAGCACAAGUUCAGCAGGUUCUCACCAGCAGCGUGCAGACAAUUUGCAAUGGAACAGUUAAUGUGUCUUCAUCUCCAUCCUUCACUGCCACCACCCCAGUGGUAACUUUUUCUCCCAGCAGUUCACAGGUGGUUGCUCAUCCAUCUGGCACAGUGAUCACUUCAGUUAUUAAAGCAACAGAAGCUAAACAGAUUGGGGUACAAGGAGUGCUAAAAGAAGAUGACGGUGACAAAUUAGAUGAUGCUGAGCAGUCAGAGCAGAGAUUCCAGCAGCAGCCGUUUGUGAUGGUAGUAUCCAGUUCAAAUAGUUUCCCAUCUAACAUACAAGCAAAGCAAGAAAAUGAGCCAUUGGAACCCAGUUCAUAUUAAUAAGUUAAAAAAAAAAAAAAAAAGACCCUGUGGAUGAUUAUUUUCAUAAAUGUGAUGGGACCUUUUCAGUUUUGUAUAUAUAUAUAAUUUGAUUCAGAAGCAAGACGUUAAAAAAGCUACUUAAUUUCUGCAUUUAAUUGUUAGAAUUCAUGCUUUAGAACAGAUUUUGAUUUUCUGUUAAUUGCUAAAUGUUAUCUUAAUUAAAACUGCGCAUUACUUAAUGUUCCAAAAUACAGGCAUGAAGAAACGUGCUUUUUAUGUUAUGAAGACGUUAUUUUGAGGUCGUUGGCCAAAGUUCCAAACUUCUUUCUUGCUGUAUGUUUUCAGUCUGUUGCUGAUUUACAUUGCAAUAGGAUUAUUAUAACCUUUUUCUGUUUAAUCUGUAUGUGUAUCACUUAGCUUUUGAAGCAACAGUUACUUUCCAUUGGACGUUUUCAUUCCAUGUGUAUGAAUGUUUAUGAAUAUCUUUCAUACCAGUGAAUUACAUCCACUUUACAUGUUGA